CUUGUUCUCCAGAUUUUCUACCAGAGGGGAAAUAAGCGAUUUUCAAUUAUUACACUUUGAGACAACGAGUAUCUAUCCAACAUGGGCUUCGGCAGCAUCUCGUCACUUGCUCUAUUCGGGGCAAUCCUCACCAGCGGUCAUCCCAUGUUGUCUGCUCAAACUAUCGAGCCACCUUGCCGUUUUGCACUUCAAUACACCCAGGAACAGGUUCUAAAUGAUACGAGUACUUUCAUCAACGACCUGCUAUACUGGGAGGGCAAAUUCCAUCAAAACAACGUCUCGUAUAAUAAUGCCAAUGGUAUGUCUUACGACGGCACCAACAUUGACUGGACCACUGGAGAGAGAACGGUCAAGCAUCCGUUCAGUGCAGCAAGCAAAGAGUCUCUGCAGGUUAUGCUUUAUACUCAUGCGGUCGCUGGAUCCCCUGAAGCCGCCCGGUUUCUCUCACCCAAGAACCCUUCUGCCGCCCCCGAAAUCGCGACAUCUAUAAUGAAAACUAAGUUGGAAACAUACCUUCGAUUCAACGAAACCUAUCCCGGAUUUGGAGGAUUUCUACCUUGGUUCGUAUCUGAUGCUCAAGAUCUCUCACCGACAUGGGACUGGGUAAACCGUGUUCCUGGAUUAGACAAUGGAGAGCUUCUCUGGGCCGUAUACGGCUUCAUCCAAUCGCUGGAAAAUACCGAAAAUAAAUCUUAUCAGCAGCUUGCAAGUGACUGGCAGAUAUGGAUGGAUUAUACCAAGACUACGGCGGCAAAGAUCUUUUACAAAGGCAACGGGAAAGUCUGCGCGGUUACAGAUAUUAAAAACCAGUCACUUCCUGUUAACGACGCUAAACAAACGUAUACCUGUGAAGGAACUGGCACGCUCAACGAUCCGUACGAGGGUGAACUUUUCACUUUCUGGCUACAGCUUUUUGCAGGCCUGUCUGAAGACGACAAGAGUGCACUCUCGGAAGUUAAAAAGCCUCAGUUGAUGAGUGUCGACUAUCACAUGGGUAAACUUGGGCCUAUCACGGUUCAAAAAGGAUAUUGGUUCUCCAGUCAUGAGACCUGGAAGGUGAUGGAAAUGCCCUACUACGAUAUUGAUAUUAUUCGACGAGUCUAUCAGAAUGCAGAGCGUGUUCGCACGUGCAACUCAGUUUCGACCAAGGUUCCUGGAAUGUUUGCGUCUGUCAAUAAUUCCACCGACCCAGAGACUGGUGAUGUGAUCGGUUAUAUAUCUAACGCCGGAAUCCCUUCUAUUUCAAAUCAGACAGUGCAAGAAUUAGAUGUCAUCACUCCUUACAGCGUUUUCCCGACGAUUCUAUUCAACAAAUCAGUUGGUCUUGCUUGGUGGAGAAAUAUGGCCAUCGCCAAGAAAAUGCAAAAUAUGUAUGGAAGUACUGAAUCCACGCGGGUGGAUGGAACGCUCAUCUCCGCUUUAGUCACUUGGGACAGCAAGAUUACAACGGUUAUUGCUAUCUUGGGAGGCGUUACGGAUUUCGUUCGUCAGAAGAUGAAGGCAGAUAAUAUUUAUGACGAAUUCAUUAAUACCGCCCAGGAUGCCUACUCCAGUGUAUUCAAUAAUCUCAAGGGAGAGAAUAUAGAUUUUUGUCUGCCCGAAGAGACAGUCAACGACUCUAUUUUGACUGAUUUUACUCUUUGCAAUUAGGGCAAUGCACCUAAGCUGGCCAAUAACUACUUUAGGACAACAUAGGGUAUUCGCUCACUUCAAAAGAAUUGAAACGGGCUUGAGUUUGAAUUUAAUGUACUACGCUAUAUAUUUUGUACAAAAGAAGUUUUCAAGCUCAUCGCCUUCGAUUCUAUACUAGAUACAGGUUAAAGUGGA